CCGCGUCCUCACCAUGCCUUGGUGAGACGCAAACGGAGAACCAAUCCUCAGCUUGAAGCCGGGAUCGUGCUGGGACUUGGAGUCCCUUUCCUUUUCCUCCUUCGGAACGUGACCCGGAUGUCUCUGCUGGCCAUAGCGUCAUGUGCGGCGCCGGCGCAGAGCGAGAAAGAGGCGGGAGCACCGUAAAGCCAAAGCCUUGGGCAUAGCUGGGAGGCAAACCUCAGUGGAGGUGUUUGUCUUUUUCGGCAGGUGAUGGCGCCCCCCCGCGGCCUAGAGGUCCAGCACCCGCGGUGAGCCACAGACAGCCCUUCCGUUGUGUCCCACCGAGAGUCCUGGGACCAGUGAAUAUGUUGGUGCCGCUAGCCAAGCUCUCCUGCCCGGCAUAUCAGUGCUUUCAUGCCUUAAAAAUUAAGAAAAAUUAUCUACCUCUGUGUCAUACAAGAUGGUCUUCAACUUCUGUUGUACCUCGAAUUACUACCCACUAUACUAUUUAUCCCCGGGAUAAGGACAAGCGAUGGGAAGGAGUGAACAUGGAGAGGUUUGCAGAAGAAGCAGAUGUAGUUAUAGUUGGCGCAGGCCCUGCAGGACUCUCUGCAGCUGUUCGUCUAAAGCAAUUGGCUACUAAACAUGAAAAGGACAUCCGUGUGUGUCUAGUAGAGAAAGCCGCUCAAAUAGGAGCUCAUACUCUCUCAGGGGCUUGCCUUGAUCCACGUGCUUUUGAAGAAUUAUUCCCAGACUGGAAGGAAAAGGGAGCUCCACUUAACACUCCUGUAACAGAAGACAGAUUUGGAAUUUUAACAAAGAAAUACAGAAUUCCUGUGCCAAUCCUUCCAGGUCUUCCAAUGAAUAAUCAUGGCAAUUACAUUGUACGCUUGGGACAUUUAGUGAGCUGGAUGGGAGAACAAGCAGAAGCCCUUGGUGUUGAAGUAUACCCUGGUUAUGCUGCUGCUGAGGUACUUUUUCACGAAGAUAGCAGUGUAAAAGGAAUUGCCACUAACGAUGUAGGGAUACAAAAGGAUGGUGCACCAAAGACAACAUUUGAGAGAGGACUAGAACUACAUGCAAAAGUCACAGUUUUUGCAGAGGGGUGCCAUGGACAUCUAGCCAAGCAACUAUAUAAGAAGUUUGAUUUGCGAGCCAAUUGUGAUCCCCAAACCUAUGGAAUUGGACUGAAGGAGUUAUGGAUUAUUGAUGAAAAGAAGUGGAAACCAGGGAGAGUGGAUCACACUGUCGGCUGGCCCUUGGACAGACACACUUAUGGAGGCUCCUUCCUCUACCAUUUAAAUGAAGGCGAACCUCUGGUAGCCCUUGGUUUUGUGGUUGGUCUAGACUACCAGAAUCCAUAUUUGAGUCCAUUUAAAGAGUUCCAGAGGUGGAAACACCAUCCCAGCAUUCAGCCAACAUUGGAAGGUGGAAAAAGGAUUGCAUAUGGAGCCAGAGCCCUGAAUGAAGGUGGCUUUCAGUCUAUACCAAAACUCACCUUUCCUGGUGGCUUACUCAUUGGUUGUAGUCCUGGUUUCAUGAAUGUUCCCAAGAUCAAAGGUACCCACACAGCAAUGAAAAGUGGAAUUUUGGCAGCAGAAUCUAUUUUUAAUCAACUAACUAGUGAAAAUCUCCAAUCAAAGACAAUAGGACUUCAUGUACCUGAAUAUGAAGACAAUAUAAAGAAAUCCUGGGUGUGGAAAGAGCUAUACACUGUUAGAAAUAUCAGACCAUCCUGCCAUGGGAUACUGGGUGUAUAUGGCGGGAUGCUUUACACUGGAGUCUUUUACUGGAUAUUGAGAGGAAUGGAGCCGUGGACUCUAAAACAUAAAGGUUCUGACUCUGAUCAGCUCAAGCCAGCCAAGGACUGCACACCUAUUGAGUAUCCCAAACCCGAUGGACAGAUCAGUUUUGACCUUUUGUCAUCUGUGGCUCUGAGUGGUACUAACCAUGAACAUGACCAGCCAGCACAUUUAACCUUAAAGGACGACAGUAUUCCUGUAAAUAGAAAUCUGUCAAUAUAUGAUGGACCGGAGCAGCGAUUCUGCCCUGCAGGAGUUUAUGAAUUUGUACCUUUGGAACAAGGUGAUGGAUUUCGGUUACAGAUAAAUGCUCAGAACUGCGUGCACUGUAAAACAUGUGAUAUUAAAGAUCCAAGUCAGAAUAUUAACUGGGUGGUACCCGAAGGUGGUGGAGGACCUGCUUACAAUGGAAUGUAAACUGCAACUGAUUUCAUUUGCAGGCACGUUUGAUAGUUUCUUUAAAACGUAUGGCAAACUAACUUUAAAUGUUAAGAAGUCAACAGGUGUCAAAAUAUUUUACUGCAUAUUACUGAUCAGAAUGUUCAUAAAAUUAUCAAAGAAAUAAACAUUUUAUACUUA